ACCACAGCCCGGAGUCCCAUAUAUAACCACAUGAGCACCACAUUGAGUGGUUUGGCGACUAUCCGUGCGUUUGGGACACAGAAUAUGUUUAUGAAUCAGUACUACCGGUACCAGAAUGACCACACUUCCACUUAUUUCAUGUGUUUCAACUCAUCCAGAGCUCUCGGAAUAGUGAUGGACUACCUGUGCCUGUUAUACAUACUAUGUGUGGCUUUAUUCCUAAUGCUAUUUCCCGAGGGAGUUCCCGGCGGUAGCGCGGGUCUAGCACUAUCGAUGGCGUUGGGAGUGACGGGUAUGACUCAGUGGGGGGUCCGGCAGUCGGCCGAAGUCGAGAAUCAGAUGACAUCCGUCGAGCGGAUCGUCGAAUACAGCCGUCUCGAGUCGGAGGCACCACUCGAGGGUCUCCGGAAACCCCCACCGGAGUGGCCAACGGAGGGGUGCAUUGAAUUGCGAGGCGUUUACAUGACAUACGAAAACUCACUGAAACCCACUUUAAUUGACUUGAAUUGCGUGAUAAGGGGCGGCGAGCGGGUGGGUAUAGUCGGUCGUACCGGUGCCGGCAAGUCGUCCGUUGUGGCGGCGCUCUUCCGGAUGCGUGAGUGCGAGGGACAGGUACUCAUCGACGGCGUCGACACCAAGAGUGUGGGUCUACACGACUUGCGCCGCAAGAUGUCAAUCAUACCUCAGGAACCGAUGGCUUUCCUCAUUCCCACACAAUUUCGGGGUCCCGUCCCGAACGGCAUAUACGUGUAUGGAGUCAAUUGGUCCCUAUUCUCCGGCAUAAACCUCUCGGGAUCCCAGACCUCUGGGUUCGGGUAG